AGAUGGGUGCCCUUAAAUAUGUUGAGGAACUUCAGAAGAAGAAGCAGUCGGAUCUCCAGCGCUUUUUGAUGCGCGUGCGCUGCUGGGAGCUCCGCCAACUCAAGGUUAUCCACCGUGCUAGCCGUCCUUCUCGCCCCGACAAGGCUCGCCGUCUUGGAUACAAGGCCAAGCAGGGCUACGUUAUCUACCGCAUUCGUGUCCGCCGCGGUGGCCGCAAGAGGCCCGUUCCCAAGGGUGCCACCUAUGGCAAGCCCACCAACCAGGGUGUGAACCAGCUCAAGUACCAGCGUUCCCUCAAGUCCACCGCUGAGGAGCGUGUCGGCCGUCGCGCUGCUAACCUCCGCGUCCUCAACUCCUACUGGAUCAACCAGGACUCCACCUACAAGUACUACGAGGUCAUCCUUGUCGACCCCCAGCACAAGGCCAUCCGCCGCGAUGCCCGCAUCAACUGGAUCGUCAACCCCGUCCACAAGCACCGCGAGAGCCGUGGUCUCACCGCCACCGGCAAGAAGAGCCGUGGAUUGGGCAAGGGACACAGCUACCACAAGACCACCGCUGGAAGGAGGAAGACCUGGAAGAGGCACAACACCCUCUCCCUCUGGCGUUACCGAUAAAUGCACUAAGUGGUUGGUGUAUAUGGUGGACCAUCUGGUCGAAGCAGCUCUCAAAAUGGAGUGGGGAUGGUGUAAAAUGGUGUCCUGGGCUAUUUAGCUUCUUAUGAAACACGUUAGUUUACGGCUGGUCAAGGCAUCCAGAAAAUCAAAAUCGAGUGGUAUUUCGAAUUGCCUGCAAAGUUACUUGUCUUCUUCCGUCGUUGCACAUGCGUGCUGUGACGUUGUGCGUGUGGUGUUAGUUCUUCUUGUUCAACUGUCUUGUCAGUGAUGAUGCUCCUGGCACCAAAAUGCCCGGAUUCCGCAAGGAACACAUUCCCUCUCGGCAAUCGGCAGUCUCAUGCUAUAAAGAUCUUAUAUAAGGUGGCAGACCUUGUAAUAUCGCACGGCUGUGCCAGUAAAUGCCGUGACUUGAGACGUCAGACUACGUGGUCCGCAAAGCCUUAGAGCCUUGACCGGCCGGCCAGAAUGUAAGGCAGAAAC